AUGGACCGAAUCUUCUACAAAUCAGACACCGUGGAUGCCUACUCCGGAGCUCCCAUAUACGUAUUCGAUACGUCAUACCUACCUUCCACAGAUGAUAUUGACUAUGAACUCUUCAUUCCUACCAUGAUGCUGUCGCUUCCAUCACAUCCAUAUGUGGUAAUCAUGUUCAGUGGAGGUCUCAACAAGAUCCUGUGGAUCUGGGGCAUCAAAUUCUUGAAAAGCUUCUUGGCUGACGACGACCGUAACGUGCAAAAUCUUCUCAAGAUUAUAGCCGUUCACGAGAGCUGGUUCGUGAAAUCCAUCACUCAGCUUUUGGCCAAUUUUGCCAUUUCUAAACCGUCGUUAUCCAAGCUAAAUCUGCUUUUCGACACAAAGAAACAGGGCAAAAGUCUUCUUACAUCAUGUGACGACCUUUCUGAACUCUCCAAUUACGUGGACAUUUCCAGGCUCAAGCUUUCGCUCAACAUAUAUAAGCAUGAUGCUCAGGUUACCACCAGUACCACCAUUGUCAUGGCAUCGCCUGUAAAACCCAUCAUUUCAGAUACUACUCGGUUUUUUGCCCAAUCAGAUCCGAUUUUCUAUCACCAUUUCUACCAGCUCUUCAAUAUCGUCGAUAUGUAUGGGCCCAAAGUGGAGCUUCUUUUUCAUAAACCUGGAAACAGAAUGAACACCGACAUUCUCUUCAAUUGCAUGUUGCGCAACCAGGUUCUCUGGAUCAAUGACUGGGACUUGUAUUGCAUAGCGUCAUGCUUCAAGAAGAUCUUGAUGGAGAUGCCUGCUCCACUUGUUCCAGUGGAUCUUAUCACCUUGCCUAUGAGAGACGACUUGGACUAUCUCUUGGUUAUUUUCAACCACAUUCUCGCAUAUGGCAAUGAAACUGGCGCCGAUGUGGUGCUUUUCCAACUCAUGGAUCUAUGUCGUCGCAUUGUUGAUAACCAACAAACAAAACACUCCUAUGUAUCCAUCCUGAGAAGUUUGUGCCAUGCCCUUACAAACGAGCCGAUUUCUCAGAUUAAUAAGGACCGUAUCUCUAUGGCAGUGCGGUUUGUGAAGAAUUUAUUGCUGAACUGGCCCCAAAUCCGCCCACUCUAUUUGAAGAGGUUCAAGUCUGUUUCUGCCAUCGUUAAUGGUGAGGAUCUCAACGAUGCAACCAUCGACGAGCUGUAUAACAUGUCGUAUGACAUUACUAUGGAAGGUGAAUCUGACGAGGACGGGAACCCUCAUUAUGAUGUUUUGACCAGCGCUUCCGAUUUGCUGUUGGAGUUGCGGGACGACUCGAAAGAUCGAAAGGAUUCUGUCUCUGAAGUUUCGAAAGACUUUUCGAAAUUAGAUGUGUCCAUAAAAUUAGAGACGACGCCCACAUCGAAGCAUCAAUGGGGCAUCCCAUUGGACUUUUCGAAGAAUGUGGAGCAGGAGGAAGUUGAAGAAGACUUUGAAGAAGAAAGUGUGAGAGCAUCUAAAGAGCAGGCUAUCGCUGAUCAAGAGUCAAAUGAUAUCAAGGAAAUGGGAAAUAUCAAGGGCGUGAAUAAUGAAGAAACCAAAGUGGAUGCACGCAGAGAUCGCCCCAAAGUGUCUCAUUCAGAUCCACCACUUUCUCGUGAACCAAAAAUCCGCCAGUCUACUCUAAAUGACGUAUCCAACGUUCAGUUACAGUGGCCACCUCAGAAGUAUAAGUUCGAAAGACCAUCGGUGCCCAAAUCCAUUCAAGUGGCUCCAGAAAUGUCUCAACUUCCUAAACUUCCCGUGAAAAAGCCAGUGGUGAGAGGGAGAAAGGUUGGCGAACUAGCCAAAUUGUUUGAGGAAAGAUCCCAGGCAAUGGACUUGUUACGUACAUUGUAA